AUGUCUCCUAAAUUACGACCUCUACAGUUGCCCUUGUUAGUGGAGGAGAGACGAAGGAAAGAAGAAGAAGAGGCAGCCCAGCGAGAGAUAGAAGCCGACGUACCGUACAAUUUUUAUACCACCGACUCUUUCUCAUCCGACGCGACAUCACCAGUGACGCCAACGUUUUCGACGCGUGGUCAUUUGCGCUACUCUAGCUCUAUGUCAUCCUUCGACCUUGCAACGGUAGCCAGCUCCGAGAGCCCUUCGUCGCCAACGCAAACGCAAACAGCACAGAACUCGAGCAAACGCGUACUACCAGACGUGAAAGAAGAACCUAUAGAAUGCGAAGACUCGGAAUCGGAAUCGGAAUCUGAUUAUGACGACGAUGAUGCGUCUGAGUUAUACCACUGUUUAUGCGACGAGCCUUGCAUCCACAGGGAUGCCGAUCUAGUACAAAGCACAUCGAAUUUCUAUACGCAAAGUCGUGUAGGCGACUAUGACCUAGGUUUCUUUAGCGAUGGCGAUUUUAGUUUCAGUUUGCGCUCGUCUAAGAAGCGUAGAGACAAUUCCGAGUCAUCACUUGCAGGAUUCUCGCAGCGAUUGGGUUCUAGAUUCCCGUCUUUUACGAGGUGGAAAACGACAAAGCCGUCAAGUAUCAUCAGUUCCCCUGUAUCUGACUAUGCAUUUGAGCGGCGACCAGUCUUUUCUCGAGCAACUUCAAGUCGAUCUUCGUCAGUCUCAACACCUAGUCGACAUCAUCAUGACCGUUCAAACGAACCCGUCGUCCCCCCUACACCUGCCCUGUCACGUUUCGGGAGCAGCGAUAGCUUUAUGCCCCUGGACAGGACUAUCGAUUCUAAGCAAACCAACGACGUCCUUUCAGCCAUCGAGCAAGAGCGUAAGCAGACAGUAACACCGCUUCUACCGCCUAUGAUGGCUUCUGCUUCGACCGAGCACAUCCUGAUGCAACCCUCCCCGUUAGAAUCCCCGAGUGUCGCCUCUCCAGUUUCUCCGGUAGGGGAUGAUGUUUAUUCGUCUGGUCUACUAUCUCCGCCACUCAGCACGAGGCCCUCAAAUUCAUCACUCCGUCUUGUACCAGGCGCAGUAGAGCUUCCCCAACUUCCUGCGCCAGAUGCCUGGUCUGACCGUUUAGGACAUGCGAAUUACACGAUUGUUCCAAAACCGUACAAGCCUGAAACCGUCGAUUUAGAUGCUCUACGACGAUUUCGAGCGGAUUGGGAGACAGCGCGAGUAAACUACACUAAGCACCUCGCACGAACAGGCGAGCAUUACGGCCAAACGUCUAAAACCUACGCACUUACAGAAGCCAAAUGGGCCGAGACUCAGCGGACUUGGCGUAAUCUCCACGAUGAGAUAGCCGAGGCGAUUGUUGCUACUGGCGAAGCGAUAAUUUGCGAGAAAUUUGACGAAGAUGUUUUAACUACAGUUCCGAGAAUAUAUGCCGAAGGGAAAUUUCCGGAGCGCGGCGACGAAGAUAUCGUUGGCCCAAUGGUUCGAGAGGCGACGAUGAUGUCUCUCGAUGGCGCGGAUCGUAAAAGUUUCUGGCGCAAUCUAGCCGGUAAAGUCGGCUUGAAGAAAUAA